CUAUAGCCCAAAAUUUCUAGCUUUUAUUUCCCAUCUUAUGCCGGCCAAGAUCGGCAAUCUCUAAAGCCCCUGCUAAAUAAGGCCAAGAGUCAGGAGAGCAAAGUUCAAACUCUCUGAUACAGACUAAGAAGAAAAAAAAAAAACAUGGGAGAGGACAAUAGGGAAAAGCACUUCGUGCUGGUGCAUGGGAUGUGCAAAGGAGCUUGGUGCUGGUACAAACUCAAAACCCGGCUCGAGUCUGCUGGUCACAGGGUCACAGCGCUUGACCUUGCAGCGUCUGGCAUCAACACCAAGUCAAUCCAAGAUGUCCGGACAUUUCAUGAAUACAGUGAACCAUUGUUGGAGAUGCUGGCCUCUCUUCCUUCCGACAAAAAAGUCAUACUUGUCGGGCACAGCCUAGGGGGCAUCAAUUUGGCCCUCGCCAUGGACAAGUUUCCACACAAGGUUUCAGUUGGGGUUUUCUUAACAGCAUACAUGCCAGAUACCACUCACCAGCCAUCGUAUGUUUUGGAUAAGUUCUUUGGGAGCAUCUCGCCAGAGAUGUGGUUGGACACUCAAUAUUUACCCUACGGUGGACCUGAACAACCUCUCACAUCAGUGAUUUUUGGGCCUCAGAUCAUGUCAUCCAAACUUUAUCAGCAAUGCCCUGUUGAGGACCUUGAGCUAGCCAAGACUUUGGUGAGGCCAGGAUCAGCAUUUCUACCAGAUUUGGGCAAGGCAACCAAGUUCUCUGAUGAGGGGUAUGGAUCCGUUGCACGAGUCUAUCUUUUGUGCAAGGACGAUAGAGCAAUACCCGAGGAAUUCCAACACUGGAUGAUCGCGAACCACCAGGCAAACCAUGUGAUGGAGAUUGCGGGUGCUGAUCAUCUGGCAAUGUUGUCCAAGCCACAAGAAGUUUGCUAUUGUCUAUUAGAGAUAGCAAAACAAUAUGCUUGAAUAUGAAUAUAAUUAAUGUCUA